AAGAGUAGAUUGAGCUCCACCCUGUUCGUUGGCAUCUUGAUUUCUCCAUUUUUAAUCUGCUUCGUGACAGAAUAAUUUCACGUGACAUCACUUUACUGUUGUUGACUGACAGAAAGGGAAUAAAUUAUCACGGCAAAGCAGUAGAAGAGGCAGUGCAAUAUUCUUUCUGAUGAGAAACUUCAGUUGCUGAAAACAUUGGGAUUCUGCAAUUCUUUGUCAUAGGACUUACAUUCAUCUUACUUUUUACUUUUUCUGCACCAGUUUUGCUGAAUCAGGACUGAAGAGAAAAAGACUCUGAACUGGCCGUGCUUUGCAUCCUAUACAUUUAGGUUAAAAGCAGGUGUUCUCCUUCUGGUUUCCCAUGUCCUAUUACCAGGAGGAUUUCUUCCGAGAAUACCUCAAGAUGAUGGCGAAUAUGGUCAUCCUGAACUUGCUCAUUUGUAUUUCACUGGCGUUCUGGAUCGUGUCCAUGACUGCAAGUACUUACUACGGUAAUUUACGACCCAUUUCUCCAUGGCGCUGGCUUUUUUCAGUAUUGGUUCCACUAAUUAUUGCUACACAGGGUUUCAAAAAGAAGAGUCUUGAUCACAGUGGUGCAUUAGGAGGACUGGUGGUUGGAUUUAUCCUUACAGUUGCAAAUUACAGUUUCUUCUCUUCUUUGUUUGUAUUUUUUGUUACUUCUUCAAAACUUACUAAGUGGAAAAAAGAUAUAAAGAAGCAAAUAGAUUCAGAGUAUAAAGAAGGUGGACAGAGGAAUUGGGUUCAGGUAUUCUGUAAUGGUGGUGUUCCUACUGAGCUGGCUCUCUUAUACAUGAUAGAAAAUGGACCAGGUGAAAUUCCUAUUGACUUUUCAAAGGAAUACACAGCAUCAUGGAUGUGCUUAUCCCUUUUGGGAGCUUUGGCAUGCUCUGCUGGUGAUACAUGGGCUUCAGAGAUUGGCAGUGUUAUGAGUAGAAGCAAACCAAGAUUGAUAACAACUUGGGAACAGGUUCCAGUAGGUACUAAUGGAGCAGUUACUUUCGUGGGCUUGUUCUCAAGUUUGCUUGGGGGCAUGGCAGUAGGUAUAGCCUACUUCAUAACACAACUAAUUUUUGUGACUGAUCUGGAAAUAUCUGCUCCACAAUGGCCCAUUAUUGUGUUUGGUGCAGCAGCUGGCCUACUGGGAUCAAUUGUUGAUUCAUAUUUGGGAGCUACUAUGCAAUACAGUGGUUUUGACCAGACAAUUGGCAUGGUUGUUAACCACCAAACAAAAGACUCCAAACACAUAUCUGGAAAACCUAUAUUAGACAACAAUGCAGUAAAUCUUUUUUCUUCUGUAAUCAUUGCUUUGGUGCUUCCAGGCAUGGCAUGGUUUUUCUGGCCAAGGGGUUGAAAUGGUUUAAGGUUUUCUGCAUGUCAUUCAUUUACGUUCAGUCUUGCUCAGAGACUCCAAAGAGUUCUAUUUGAACUCUGUUUAAGAGAGGGAUGUGAAACUUUCAGAGAACCAAAGGACUUUCCAUCUCAACUCUAAGGCUGUAAACCUCGUGUGGCAAUCUGCAUCCCUCAGGAAGGUGCUUUGUCAAUAACACUCUUGCUGCUCCUCAGAUGUAGGACUUUGCCAAGUGAGGUSAAGCACUUGCUUCAUUUAUCCUCCAUUUAUGGAGCUGGAGUGCUGGUGUCUGUUCUCUCCAGUCUCCAGCAUCUGGAAGAGGCUGGAAAUAGAAGUCUAAUCCACAUCAAUCAGUGUGAUGGAGUAUUGUGGCUGUUAUCCAAACGAAACACAAAGUAUACUGCAGCUCUCUAUAGGCAAUGGUAAAAGGAACUGGGUGAAUUUUGCUAUUUCCCAUUACCUACAGUAUGGAAGGGCUUUUGGACGUACUUAGGUGGGGAAGAGAGAAUUCAGCUUUGCUGCCUAGUCUGUAUCCUGAUACUAUCUCCACUUCCCUGAGAAAAGGGUUGGUAAAAAUGAUGCCAUAUGCAUAACAUCUGAAGCAAAAAUCUAAAUUUAAAGUAGAAACUCACCAGCUGUUCCAUCAAGAAUAAUAAUUUUUUCUGUGCUUUUUUGACAUCUUUAUUUUGAAACUAAUGAUAUUUGUGAAGAUUUGUUAGUACUGUGGUACUUAUCAAAUAAUAUUAAAUUAAAGACGACAGUUGUGAAUUCCCAUUAAUCUCUUUAGAAACAGAAACUUUUUUUCUAUGAGCAUAGAAUUGUUCCGUAAGGUUUGGCAUUCUGACCAAACUAUACUCCUGGGUUAUUUCUCAACAGUGGAAAUGUUACGUGUUUUAUUUGGGGCUUCUACUCAGAGAUGAUGGCCUCACAGCCAAAGAAGCUACAGAGGUUAUCCUUGUAGCAAAUGGGGGAAGUCACACUUAUAAACCAUUUAAAAAUAGAAAUUUAAUUUUUGAUUCUCAGGCUCCUAUAUUAGGUAAUUCUGUCUUCCAUCAUUCAUUUAUAAAAGCCGUGGAAGUAAUUUAGCCAGCACAGAUUAUAUUUAAACUUUAGAGAUUAACGUCAUUAUAACCUCUCACUGUUGACAUUCAGAAGCAUGGGCCCAUACUUUUAACUUAUAAAAAAGUUUUUUCUUUAAUUGUUAGAGAUAGCUGAAUAUUUUGUAUUGAAUAUCUGUGKUUUUUACAAAUGUCUUGUAUAUAUUGCCUGUCUUAAUUCACUUGAAUUGUUUAUUAUGUUGCCUUUUAUGGGAAUAUUAAAAGAUUUAAACAUCUUCCAUACUGAUUUUAGUCUUGAAAUCUAGUCUACCUAAAUCUGGAAUUCAUCACAGGAACUAGUUCAUUGUGUUACCCAAUUAUAAAGGUAAGGUUUCAAAGUAGUAAAAGCUUUCUGAAAAGAAUAAAUUGUGUAGCUGCUCCAUGUCUGUUCCUGUGGAAGGGCACAAAAUUAUAAAGUAAUGCACUUAAACUGUUGCAAUAAAUGCUUGGAAAUUUUAUGCACUGUUUGGAUUUAUGCUGCUUCUAAAUAAACACUGUAUUAGUUGUCUUUUAAGAUUUUGUGGAAACUGUUGUGGUUUCUAGAAUUGAGCAUGAUAAUUUUUUUUCAAAUAAAUGCCUUAUUUUUAUUUUGUUCUGUU